AUGCAAAGUAAAGAAGUGGUAGAAAAGUGUGAUCUUGCUAUUGCGAAGUGGUUUAUUGAUGCGUCUAUUCCUUUCAAUGCUGCAAAUUCGCCUUAUUUUCAACCAGCAGUUGAUGCUCUUUGUUGCAUGGGUACUGGAUACAAAGUUCCUACUAUGCAUGCUCUUCGUGGUAAUUUUUUAAAUAAGUGGGUUGAUGACGUGAAGAUACAGCUAGAGCAAUAUCGUUCUAUUUGGAAGGAUACAGGUUGUACUCUUAUGGCAGAUGGGUGGACUGAUCGUUGUAGAAGAACUCUUAUCAACUUUUUAGUUUAUUGCCUCAAAGGAACUGUUUUCAUAAAGUCUGUUGAUGCCUCUGGUGCUUCUAAAAUUGCAGACACAUUGUUUAACCUUUUCAAGGAAGUAGUGUUGUAUGUUGGCCCAGAAAACAUUGUUCAAAUCGUUACAGAUAAUGCUGCAAAUUAUGUUGCUGCUGGAAAGUUGUUGGAAAAGGAGUUUCCUAAGUUGUAUUGGUCUCCUUGUGCAGCACACUGUAUUAAUUUGAUGUUGCAAGACAUGGGGAAAUUAGAGGAAGUAAGUGGGGCAGUGUCACAUGCUUCAAAAAUUACCAAAUACAUAUAUAAUCAUUGUUUUGCAUUGUAUUUGAUGAGACAAAAUACAGAUGGAAGAGAAAUACUUCGUCCUGCUCCAACCCGCUUUGCUACUAAUUUUAUUGCAUUGCAAGGUAUUUUGUCUCAUAAAUAUGCACUAAGAUCCAUGGUAACUUCCAAAGAGUGGACAACUACAACUUAUUCCAAAGAUGUCAAGGCAAAGCAAUUUGUGGAACAGGUAUUAGACUCAAGCUUUUGGUCUACAUGUGUUGACAUAGUGAAAAUUACAGAACCUCUUAUACGUGUGUUGCGUAUUGUUGAUAGUGAAGAUAAACCGGCUAUGGGAUAUCUCUAUCGAGCUAUGUAUAAAGAAAGAGAGGAGAUUGAGAAGAGUUUUAGAAGAAAUAAGCUGAAAGUAGAGCCUUAUUUGAGGAUCUUAGAUAACCGUUGGGAUGCACAACUUCACAAAAAUCUUCAUGCUACUGGAUAUUGGUUAAAUACAUCUUGUAGAUUCAAUCAAGAAUAUGAAAAACACAAGUCUACUACCCAAGGUCUUUUGGAUGUCAUUGAAAAGUAUGCUUAUGAUAGUAAGGACUUGCGAACUAAAUUAACUGUUGAGAUGAGUUUAUUCAAAAAUUGUGAAGGUAGUUUUGGAAGGACAACGGCCGUAGAAAAUAGAGAUGAAGUUUUUCCAGAUCAAUGGUGGGAAACUUAUGGAACCGAAGCGCCCAAUUUGCAAAAGUUAGCUAUUCAGAUUUUAAGCCAAACUUGUAGUGCAUCUGGUUGUGAAGGAAAUUGGAGUGUAUUUGAUUAUAUUCAUUCAAAAAAAACAAAUAGGUUGGAGCAUCAAAAGCUUAAUGAUCUUAUCUUUGUUCGUUACAACUUACAACUACAAAACAAAAACAAGAAGAAACAAAAUUAUGAUCCUAUCAAUUUUGAAAUACUUGGUGAUCAUUCUGAUUGGGUGUUGGAGGAUUCACCACCAUUCUUAACCAUUGAGGAGGUGGAAGCACUACGCAAAGAUCUUGCCAGUAUGACAAUUCAACCUAUGUCAAAUGAUAUUGAUCAAUUAAAUUUGGAUGAGGUUGAUGUUGAGGAUGAUGAACAACUUAAUUCUGGAGAAAACAACCAAAAUAAUAAUAUCAUUGAUGGGGAAAAUGUUGCAAAUGCGAUUGAUUUUACUGCAGAUGGUUUUGAUAUUGAAGAAGGAGAUCCCAAUAUUGAAAUAAUUUUACCUCCUUCGAACUAA